AUGGCCUUCCUUGAUUCAGAUUAUGUCAGUGAAGCUGGUCUCAGGAACCUGAAGUUUUACAAGUAUGCAGCGGUUGAUAAGUCGCCAAUUUCAAACUAUAUUUUGAGGCCAUAUUGGAACUGGGCCAUUGAAUUGUUUCCAUUAUGGAUGGCUUUUCCGGCUGGUCUGUGGUUAUACUCGACAUUUGAUAACGUGGAUGGCAAGCAGGCACGAAGAACCGGAACCUCAUCUCCUCUUGGUGAACUUUUUGAUCACGGAUGUGAUGCACUAGAUUGCAGCUUUGGGACCAUUGUUCUUGCAGGUUCCUUAGGAUUAGGUCACUCGGGUUACGCGGCCGUUCUUUUACUUUUGACAACCAUACCAUUCUAUCUAUCUACCUGGGAAGAAUAUCAUACCGGUGUAUUAUAUCUAGGAUACUUUAAUGGACCUACGGAAGGUGUUAUUAUUGGUUGUAUAUUGAUGACCAUAUCUGCUAUUACAGGACCUUCAAUAUGGUUAAAAGAUAUGCGGGUGUUAUCUAAUAAUGUACCAGAAUUUAUCCCGGAGGUCUGCAAAAGGACAAAGAAAUCGUUCAUAUCUACACUCUCUCAGCUCUCUUCAAUAACCAUAUAUUCUUUAUGUGCCUAUUUGUGGCUCUCGUCUCCUAAUUCCUAUGUCCUAAGGGAUAAACAUUUCAUUCUCUAUGCAUUAACCGUUGGAAUAGUGUUCGGGCGGGUUGCAACCAAAAUCAUUUUGGCCCACGUGACCGAUAUGCCGUUUCCGAUGUACACUGUACUUUUGAUUCCUUUAUUUGUGGGCGCUGUCCUGACGAACAUACCACGGUUUUUCCACACCGAAGAAAUUUUGACUGCCACCGGCGAACAUUACUAUCUAUGGGCUUACUUCUUCUUUGCCGUGAUAUCUUAUUUACACUGGGCCAAUCUAGUUAUCAACAGGUUCUGCGCACACCUCAAGAUUGAAUGUUUUCACAUUCCAACUCGUUCAUCAGCAUAUUUGAGAACUUUAUCAUCACUGAACAUUAUGAAGAGGAAGCGACUCUCCUACAAAAAUAAUCGUUUUACGAACAAUGGCGGAACGACUUUGGCACAACGAUCUACUACUUAUAAAAUAGAGUUAAGCCAAUUAUAG